AUGCCGCGUUAUAGUACCAUAGAUGAUGUUAUGCAACUACGUAUACCUUCAUACAGGACUAGGUUGAUGAUGAAAAGUUCUCCAGAUGUAGAAUGUGUCUCAUCAGAUUCUGUUGUAUGUCUUUCGAAAGCUACUGAGAUGUUCGUUAGUGAGCUCGUAUCUACUGCGGUACGCGGAAAUAAAUCUGGACUAACUUACAAGGAUUUAUCUCGACUGCAAUGUGAAAUGGAUCGUUAUAAUUUUUUGGCUGACGUUCUACCUCAAAAGAUUUCCGCUCGGGAGUGGGUAGAAAAGUAUAAAUCUGAAUUUGAUGCAUCUUGUUCUUGA